GCUCGUACCCUUCCAUCCCCCUUGCUACAAAAAGCUGCCACUGCCCUUGUAAAAACUAAAAAUCUGUCAGAUAUAAAUCUAUAUUUUAUAUUUAUAGGAUUGGCAAAAGAAAUAUGAAAAAACAAACUGCAUUUAUGCCUACACUGGAAGUGUUAUUAGAGAGAUUGCCACAAGCUGUUAUAGAUUCUGCAAUAGCUCCUACAAGAGUUCUGCAAGAGAUACCUUUACCAGAUGAAUCCUCACAGUCUCUGCUAUUAAAAUCAGUAAAAACAAAACUAAUGCAGGAUGCAUGGAUGAAAUCAAUGCCGUGUCUGCAAGUUUCAUUGGAAAGAUUACCUGAAAACCUAAUGGCAAGUCUAUUAGCACAAAAGAAAAUAAAUGUGGCACAACAAAAAAGGAAAGUUGGCAGACCAAAGAAGAUAAGAAACACACAAUUUAAAAAUCAAACUCCAAUGUUUGAUUUUAUUUCAGUUUAGAUAAUUUAUUUUUUCGAAAAUCGAACUUUUAAUCAUCGUGGUUAAUAAAUUUGCAAGACGAUUUACUUUAUGAUCUCAAAAUAAGAUUUAAAAAUAUUAUGCCAAAAAUACAAAUUUUAAUUUUUGAAUAAAUCGAUAUUUUAGUCACGAAAAUGAUUGACGGAACUACACUGAUGUUAGCAAGAGAAGCGAAUUUAAAAGCGAAUGAGCGAGACGUGUUGUCUCUUUCACAUUUAUGACAUACGUGUUUUUUGUCUUGCUUAUUUAAUGUGUAUGAAUAGUUCCGUCAGCUGUUAUAGUGAUGUGUAUUUUAGUGUUGGUUAAUGUUAUUAUUUUAAUAAUGACAUAUAAUAAUAAUGACUUAUAUAGUCAAAGUAUGUACUUAUUACUUACUUAAAGUAGACUAACAUGUUUACCUUUCUUAAUAUCUAUUUAAUUACCUUUUCUCUUUCCGUCGAUUUCCGAUCUCCUUUCCAUUCACCUAUUUAAAUUUCCUAAUAAUCCCCUACUCUUCCAAAGAGCGGCUAAAAUGAAGUUUGUAAAUGCUUCAUGAUUGUCAACCGAGUUUUAGGACUUGUGAUGCCGAGAAUUAGGCGUAUUAUGCUUUUUUGGACUAAUUUUUGUCUAGGAAAAUUGCUAAUAUCUAGUAAUUGUUAGACGCUUGUAAAUUAUUAUUUAUUCAUAAAUUUUAACGUAAAAUAUCUUUAAAACCAAGGAUAAUUGACUUAUUUGUGUAGGUUUUAUCUUUUACAUACGAUAU